UGGUCAGGGACUGGGCCUGUCCAGCUCCAUUACUGUCCUUUCAGAUGUUAGCUAGUGCCUCUAAGCCUCAGUUUCCCCAUCUGUGAGGUUCCUUGCACUCACCUCCCUGGUGGUGAGGAUUAAAUGAGAUCCUGCCCUCAUGGUCCUCAGCACAGCUUCCAGUGGGUGGCACAUGCUCAAUAUGUGGAAAUGUCCCUCUUGUUCUGAGUAGAUGCAGCCUUGAAAGAAACACAACCCUCUUUGUGGCCAGCCCUGCGAGGCACUUUUCUUUCCCUGGGCCUCAUCUGGUAAGGAGGACGCAGUUUUAUCUAUUUCAUGAAGUUUUCAUUUUUUUGUGAAGGUUUUCCCACAUUGCUGCAAACAUCAGGCAACAACCUGAUGUUUUAUUGGUGGGCACACCUCGUUUCACAUGAACUGUCUCCAGUUAAGUUGUGGCUGGUUUCCUUAUGCAGAGGGUGGGGUAUUUGCACAUGACCAGUUGUGCCCAUGUGUCCUAGCCCUGCUUCUCAGGACCUGCAGUGAAGCCCUGGAAGGGCUGGCCUCUUACUGGUUCUGCAGCCUUGGUCCUCUGUAGGCCUCCCUGGGGGGCUGGCUUGAAGAUGGUGGGGUAGUCAGGACCCCACCAGGGUCCACACACUGCGCAGAAGAGCCUCCCUGGGCAUGGCCCUGGCUUCAAACCUGUCCUCCUCCCACUCUCUUUCCCCAGUUGUAGCCAGUGGGACCCAUUUACAAGUGCAAGUCAGAGCAUGUCCCUCCUUGGCUCAUCCUCCUGUGAUGCCUCCCUGCCUCUCUGAGUAAAAGCCCAACCUCAUGAGAGUCUGCUGCUCCUCUGCCCUCAGUCUCUCACUGCACUGGGGCUGCACAGGCUGCCUUGUUAUGUUUGGUUUGUACGAAGUGCCCCCCUGCUCAGGCCUAUGCACUACCCGUUCUCUUCCCUCACCUUCCUGCCUCUCCUCUGAUGCUUCUUGUGACUGAGGCCUUCCUUGGCCAUCUGGACCACUGGAGACUGUUGCCUCCCCUUCAUGCCUCUUACCAUCUUCAUUUGUUCCUGAGGCAUACAGAUGUUGGUUAUUAUCCAUCUCUUCAGUCAAGGCAGGGCCUGUGCUCCUUUUACCACUGUAUCCUGGCAUCUAGAAAACUUAAUAAAUGUUUGUCAAAUGAAGAAAUGAAAUAAAGAAGAGGCAUCUAACCACAGGCGUUUACUGGAGCCUUAAUGAGAACCUUCCAAACCAGAAAAGGCUUUAGUGUCCAGUGCAUGGCAGAAGACCAUGCUCAAUGACCUCCUGCGGUUCGAUGUGAAAGACUGCUCCUGGUGCAGGGCAUUUACCACUGGGACCCCACCGGCCCCCCGUUACCACCACUCGGCUGUCGUAUACGGGAGCAGCAUGUUUGUCUUUGGGGGCUACACUGGGGACAUUUAUUCCAAUUCUAACUUGAAGAAUAAAAAUGACCUCUUUGAAUACAAGUUUGCAACUGGCCAGUGGACUGAGUGGAAAAUUGAAGGACGGUUGCCAGUUGCUAGGUCAGCCCAUGGGGCCACGGUGUAUAGUGACAAGCUGUGGAUAUUUGCUGGUUAUGAUGGCAACGCCAGGUUGAAUGACAUGUGGACAAUUGGCCUCCAGGACCGAGAGCUCACCUGCUGGGAGGAGGUGGCCCAGAGUGGUGAGAUUCCCCCGUCUUGCUGCAACUUCCCUGUGGCCGUGUGCCGGGACAAGAUGUUUGUGUUCUCUGGGCAAAGCGGAGCCAAGAUAACCAACAACCUCUUCCAGUUUGAAUUCAAGGACAAGACGUGGACACGCAUUCCAACUGAACACCUGCUCCGGGGCUCCCCACCACCCCCUCAGCGGCGCUACGGGCAUACCAUGGUGGCCUUUGACCGCCACCUCUAUGUGUUUGGGGGUGCAGCCGACAACACCCUGCCCAACGAGCUGCACUGCUAUGAUGUGGACUUCCAGACCUGGGAGGUUGUCCAGCCCAGCUCUGACAGCGAGGUUGGUGGGGCUGAAGUGCCCGAGCGAGCCUGUGCUUCCGAGGAGGUGCCCACCCUGACCUCUGAGGAGCGGAGUGGCUUCAAGAAGUCCCGAGACGUGUUCGGCCUGGACUUUGGCACCACCUCAGCCAAGCAGACCACCCAGCCCGCCUCGGAGCUACCCAGUGGGAGGCUCUUCCAUGCAGCUGCUGUCAUCUCGGAUGCCAUGUACAUCUUCGGGGGCACGGUGGACAACAAUAUCCGCAGCGGGGAGAUGUACAGGUUCCAGUUCUCCUGUUAUCCUAAAUGCACGCUGCACGAGGACUAUGGGCGGCUGUGGGAGAGCCGUCAGUUCUGCGACGUGGAGUUCGUGCUGGGUGAGAAGGAGGAGUGCGUGCAGGGCCAUGUAGCCAUUGUCACAGCGCGGAGCCGCUGGCUUCGCAGGAAGAUCACGCAGGCACGGGAGUGGUUGGCCCAGAAGCUGGAGCAGGAGGCCACCCCAGUUCCCAGGGAGGCCCCCAACAUGGCUUCGGGUGGGGCCCGGCCGCCCCUGCUGCACGUGGCCAUCCGGGAGGCCGAGGCCCGGCCCUUUGAGGUGCUCAUGCAAUUCCUCUACACCGACAAGAUCAAAUACCCACGGAAAGGCCACGUGGAGGAUGUGCUGCUCAUCAUGGAUGUGUACAAAUUGGCGCUGAGCUUCCAGCUGUGCCGCCUGGAGCAGCUGUGCCGCCAGUACAUCGAGGCCUCCGUGGACCUGCAGAACGUGCUGGUCGUGUGCGAGAGUGCCGCCCGGCUGCAGCUGAGCCAACUCAAGGAGCACUGUCUGAACUUCGUGGUGAAGGAGUCCCACUUCAACCAGGUGAUCAUGAUGAAGGAGUUCGAGCGCCUCUCCUCCCCACUGAUUGUGGAGAUUGUGCGGCGGAAGCAGCAGCCGCCUCCUCGUACUCCCUCGGACCAGCCGGUGGACAUUGGCACGUCUCUCAUCCAGGACAUGAAGGCAUACCUAGAGGGGGCAGGUGCAGAGUUCUGUGACAUCACAUUGUUGCUGGAUGGGCACCCACGGCCGGCCCAUAAGGCCAUCCUGGCCGCCCGCUCCAGCUACUUUGAAGCCAUGUUCCGGUCCUUCAUGCCCGAGGAUGGGCAGGUGAACAUCUCCAUCGGGGAGAUGGUGCCCAGCAGGCAGGCCUUCGAGUCCAUGCUGCGCUACAUCUACUAUGGAGAGGUCAACAUGCCACCUGAGGACUCGCUCUACCUGUUUGCGGCCCCCUACUAUUACGGCUUCUACAACAACCGGCUGCAAGCGUACUGCAAGCAAAACCUAGAGAUGAACGUGACAGUGCAGAAUGUGCUGCAGAUCCUGGAGGCGGCUGACAAAACCCAGGCACUGGACAUGAAGCGGCAUUGCCUGCACAUCAUCGUGCACCAGUUCACCAAGGUCUCCAAGCUGCCCACGCUGCGGUUGCUGAGCCAGCAGCUGCUGCUGGAUAUCAUAGACUCCUUGGCCUCCCACAUCUCUGACAAGCAGUGUGCGGAGCUGGGCGCCGACAUCUGAGACCCUGUGGCGCCUACCCAGUGUGACGAAUUGCCAUGCCUGCCUGCCCUGCCCACUAAGAAGACUGUACUGGCCACACACGUGCCUAUGGCAGAGUGGGUGCACCUGCCAGGCCAAGGGCACCCAGAGCCUCCAAAGAGAGCUGAGGGGAUGUGUGGCCCCAGAUGCCUCAAUUUACCGAGGACACAGGUUCCACAGGGAGCGGAUGAUGAAGCAGACCCCGUCCCCUGCUGGCACCCUCUCCUGGUGUAGUGUGGGUGCACGGUCACGGCUCAGUGAUGGGGACACCAACCAGAAGUGGGGAGGGAUGGGCUUCCCACCCUGUGGAGCUCGGCCUGGCGUCCGAAGCUUGGGUGUAUUGUAGACCCAAGCACUGGGGCCUGUCACUAAGGCCCUUCCAACAUGCAGAAGGAGGCCUGGCAGAAUUGCCCCUACACCAGGGAAUCUGUCUGGGCUACUCCUGCCCUGUCCACCCUCACUGAGAUCCAUGUAAGGGGCUCUUCCUCCCAUUGGAACUUGAGUGGGGAUUAUAUGUAGGUCUCACAUGACUUGAGGUGAAUCUUGGAGUGAAGGGCUCUGAGGUCAGCUCCCAGGUUGGCUGGGCCUGAUUUUCACAGGGACUGAAGGAUCCCAGCCCCACUGUGUGCAUGUCAGGGCUCAGGGCUGGGCCAGGAAGAAGCCAGCAAAGUCCCCUGUGUCCCUCACUGAGUAUUCUGUCAUAGAUAAGCCUUGAUUAAAGCCACAGCAGUGCUACCCACCACAUACACUUUGCUGGCCUGGCCACCAUUGCUGGCCUCAGCCCCUCAGCCUGCCUGCAGCCAAGGACUGGCUCUGUGGCCCAUGGCUUGGCAGACCUCCAGAUGUAGGUUAGUUGGUCUUACCUGUUUCUAGCUAUGCUGUCAACUCCUUUCUCAACCUGGGGUGACCCGGUCACACUGGAGAGAAGAGCUGUGGAGGCCUCCAAGCUGGCCCCUCCCGGGGGAAUCCUGGAGUGGGCUCCUGCCCUGUCUUGCCUCUGUACUGUGCUCUUGGCUGCUGUGGUAGGUGGGCUGCCCUCUUGCCCUAGUGAGGACCACAUGUGAAUCCACUCUGAUGCUGGGGAACCAGUGUUCCCUUACUGGGAACAGGAUUCCAGGACCCCUUUUUUGGUCAUGGCUGCCAUGAAGCCAUAGCUCACCUUGGGGAAGUGACCUGCUCUUUUCUGGCUUUAGAGUUCAUUUUCCUCCUUUGCCUGUGGCUGUGUGCACAUGUAUGGGGGGCCCUGAGUGGCAAGUUGCUUAGCUAACAGGAGAAAUCCAUAGGCAGCCCACAGGCUAGGAAGUGGCCUGGUCCAAGAUGAGCUGGGAAACAAGGGAGAGCAGGAGCAGGGGCAGGGGCAGAGGCUGAGCCAAAAGGCCCUGUUGUGAGGACACAGAAGCCCAGGGCUAUGGCUGGUGGUGGGGGGGAUUAUGUCAACACAUGGAAGUAGAGUGCAGACCAGGGCAGCCAGCCAAGGGGGCCAGGUGUGAGUCACUCAGUGGGGUCACAGAACCACCUACCAUUUCCACAAGAUGUCUCUUGCCACUCCUACAGGGCAGCUUCCUCCAAACCCCUUCUGGAGGGGCCAGCCCAGAAGCCUCCUUGAACUAGUCUGCAAACCCUGCUCUACGCUGACCUUGUCACUGAACCCUCAAUUGUCUUUUCUAGACAUGAUGUGAAUAAAUGAAAUUACAUGUGAAGGGUCCUAAAAAGCAAA